AUGGCGAGGGCGGCUUGGCACGGAAGCAGAAUCAUCUUGCGGCAGGUAUCCGCUGAAAUGCGAGAUUCUCCCCGAGGAACUAGAUGCAUUUCUGGAGUACACUGCCACGUUUCCCUGCAACUUGGGCAACUUCUACGUAAGUUCAUUGCUGGCGAAGGCGAUCAAAAGUUCAUUCCGGAUCUGACCGCGGAAUCUCUACGCAAGCUUGCAGCCAUCUCCUCAGAGACUAAGAGCAGACUGGAGACAAUCCUCAACCCUCUGCUGGCAGUCCCUCCAUUUGCUCUUGGCUACCCAGGCAAGAACGCGCAGUCAAACUACUAUCCUGGCGCGGGGCUCAUUUCCCAAGAGGAGAUUGCGAAGGUCUCCGACAUGAUGGAAAAGCACUCCAUUGGGCCGGAGAAUACUCGAAUCCGAAAACCGGCCGAGGAUGGAAACCCAAUCUACCACCUGCUGCAAGCUUCUUCUGCCGAGACCGAGGAUAUUUCCAACACGCCCCAGGAACUCGCAAGGGGCAUCUUUCUCGUCAAAGGUGGCCACGCUGAGGAACUGUCCACGGUUUGCAUAGACCUAGAAAGGGCAAAGCAGUAUGCUAGCAACAGCAACCAGCUCCAGGUCCUGACACGCUACAUCGAAUCCUUCCGCACCGGAAGUAUGAUGGCCUUCCAAGAGUCGCAAAAGGCAUGGGUGAAGGAUGUGGCUGCGAGAGUGGAAAACGUGAUCGGCUUCAUAGAACCUUACCGCGAUCCGGCUGGCAUCAGAUCAGAAUGGGAGGGAAUGAUAGGAAUCGCUGACCCAGGGGAGGUGGCGAGCUUGAAGCGCCUGGUUGAGAGCUCAACUGCCAUCAUUUGGCAGCUUCUGUGGGCGCUUGAAGGUGUAAAUGACGGCAAAGGACCGUUUGAGAAGGGUCAUUUCGAAGCCCCGGACUUCACAUGUCUCCACGCGCUUGCCGUCUGUCGGAGCGUCGUCUUCGAAGCUUCCAAUCUUCCCAACUACAACCACAUUCGGGAGAACUACGGCUUCGAAAACAUUGUUUUCGCGAAUCGUCUCGCAGUCAACCACAACCCCAAUCUCCCUUGUCCCUGGGUCAAGCCCUCCGAGUUGAAGCGCUUCAAAAGCAGUACGCACAUUGUCAGAUUUCUCACUACGGCCAUCCAUGAGCUUCUCGGCCACGGAAGUGGUAAGCUUCUCAGUGAAACUCAGCCAGGAACGUACAACUUCGACAAGCAGAGCCCGCCAAUCAGCCCUCUCACUCGAGAAGCUGUGACCUCGCACUACCUGCCCAGUCAGACGUGGAACAGUGUAUUUGGGGGCUUGGCUGGUACCGUGGAGGAGUGCCGUGCCAUUUUGGUCUCCGAAUACCUCAUGAACAAUAAGGAGUUGCUAGAGAUCUUUAAGUACACUGAUAACAGUAAUAUCACAGCUGACGAUCUCUUGUAUGUCACCUACCUCAACAUUGGGGUUGAUGGCCUCCAAGCUCUUGAGAGUUACAAUGCCCAGAACCAGGCUUGGGGCCAGGCCCACCACCCUGCCCACUUCUCCAUACUCAAGCACAUGCUCCAAGACAUUGUUAUUGCUGAAAGCCGACCCUCUGGAGUGGAAGAGGACAAGAUGAAGACUAAGAAUGAGGAAAAUGUUAGGUGGAGUUGA